UUUCAACAUAGAUACGCCAACAUUAUUCUUAUCCUUAAUAAAUCGAGCAUGGUCCUGCAGAUUCCUCCGUUCUUCCUCGUAAUAAACGGAUAGCUUCCGCAGGCUAUUUUACCUCCCCCCCCCCUUCUCCUGCGAAUCUCCCCCAUUCCUGCCACAGCGCCCUACUCUGUCCGCCUUCCACGAAGCUCUUUGAUCCGCUCGAAAGCAAAUACUGUACCUCUGGUCCCAAGACCAACCCCUCCACGCUCCUGGUGCCACAGCCCCUCGACAUCAUGGGGUUCCCCGAAUCCGACAACUCCAGUCCGAAUCUCAAUCCUAGCGUCGACGAGCGCGCGGAUGGGUUUUCCCUUGAGGACUCCGGCGAGGAGGACUCCACUGGCUUCAUGACCCACGAAACCUCGGAGGAUCCUCAGGACUCGGCAGCAGAUAUUCUACCACGAGAUCUUCAGCAGAAGACGGCCACAUAUGACUACGCCUAUGAGAAGUCCAUGAGCCACGCCGAGGCGAAACUGUUCUAUCAACAUCACCAGUUAUCGUCGGUAUCGAAGGGGGAUUUCCCAGCUAGCCCCAUACCCGCAGGACGCCCAACGGUCACCGAUGCGUACGAGUCCAAGGGGACGACGACCACCGGUACCAGCCCCGUCCAAUAUAGUCAGGCGACACGAGAAUCUUCGAUCGCGGGUGAACCUGAAUGGCACCUUGGAUCCUCGUUACAGCACGACGAGGCCAGCGGAGCAACACUUCAGGCUCAUAACAGUCAGUUGGCUGCAGACCUAUCUGCACGAAAUCACGCUAUGCCCCUAGGGGGAGCCAAUUCCUCCACUCACGGAUCAUAUCUCACCGCAACGCCGGCCGCGGAGGGAAUCCAUGGGUUGGGUCUGGGGAUUGGAUUGGCCCAGGGCGCAGCUGGGUUUGCGCCUGGAGGUGAUGCCGUCACGUCGGAAUUGAACGCCAUCUACCGCAAGAUCAAGAACCUGCUAGAGCGGCGGUCCAAAUACAUGGCGCUGUCCCUUCAACGGCCUGGCGACGACCCAAGGAAUGAACGGGAAUGGGAGAUCUACCCACCACCCCCCGAGCCCGCCUGGGACGAGGGCAAGGAGUACCAGCCUGGUUAUGUCGGGGGCCCCUCCGAUCUUGUAGGAAAGAAGCGAAAAAUGGGCGAGGACAUUGGCGAAGACUUUGACAUGACAGAACUGGAGCCCCUUCCGAAACCAUCCUCCUUGACAUACCGUCUCGAUAGCAGCAGCGUCUAUCAAGUAUAUGAAUCAGAGACUGCCGCGGACCAACAAGAACCCGUGGUGCAAAUCCCCUCUCUGCGUGACUUCUACAUGGAUCUGGAUGCCGUGGUGGAUGUUUCUACCGACGGCCCGACCAAAAGCUUUGCUUUCAAGCGUCUGUCGUAUCUGGAGGGCAAAUUCCAACUAUACACAUUGCUCAACGAGUAUCAAGAGAUUGCAGACAGCAAAAAGGUGCCACAUCGAGAUUUCUAUAACGUGCGCAAAGUGGACACUCACGUCCAUCAUUCGGCCUGCAUGAACCAGAAACAUCUCCUUCGUUUCAUCAAGAGCAAAAUGCGCAAAUCUCCCGAUGAAGUUGUCCUCUUUCGAGAUGGAAAGCAUCUUACGCUGCGCGAGGUCUUUGAAAGUAUCAACCUGACCGCCUAUGAUCUGAGCAUUGAUACCCUCGAUAUGCAUGCACACACCGAUUCAUUCCACCGGUUCGACAAAUUCAACCUCAAAUAUAAUCCGGUUGGGGAAUCCCGCCUUCGUGAGAUCUUUUUGAAGACCGAUAAUUACAUCAAGGGUCGUUAUUUGGCGGAAAUCACCAAAGAAGUGAUCUCCGAUUUGGAGUCCAGCAAAUAUCAAAUGGUUGAGUGGAGAAUCUCGAUCUAUGGACGAUCUAUCGAAGAAUGGGACAAGCUUGCUGCCUGGGUGGUAGAUAACAAGUUGUUUUCCCCCAACGUUCGAUGGCUGAUUCAGGUUCCUCGUCUGUACGACGUGUACAAAUCGAGCGGGAUGAUGGAGAAUUUCGAACAAGUCAUCACCAACGUGUUCCAGCCAUUGUUCGAAGUGACCAAGGACCCCUCCAGUCAUCCCAAGCUUCAUGUCUUCCUACAACGCGUGGUUGGAUUUGACAGCGUCGAUGACGAGAGUAAGGCGGAACGUCGGUUUUACCGCAAGUAUCCCAUUCCUCGCGAGUGGAACACCAAGCAAAACCCGCCUUACAGCUAUUGGAUUUACUUCAUGUUUGCCAAUAUUGCAUCUCUCAACAAUUGGCGGCAGCGCCGAGGAUUCAACACCUUCGUCCUUCGGCCGCAUUGUGGUGAGGCUGGCGACCCCGAUCAUUUGGCCGUUGGCUUCUUAUGCUGCCACAGUAUCAGUCAUGGUAUCCUGCUGCGAAAGGUGCCUCUGCUGCAAUAUUUGUACUACUUGGACCAGAUCGGCAUUGCAAUGUCGCCUCUCAGUAACAACGCAUUGUUCCUGACCUAUGACAAGAACCCCUGUGCCAGCUUCUUCAAGCGAGGGCUCAAUGUGUCCUUAUCCACCGAUGAUCCUCUGCAGUUUGCUUUCACCAAAGAGCCUCUCAUUGAAGAAUACUCCGUAGCUGCCCAAAUCUACAAGUUCAGUGCCGUCGAUAUGUGCGAGCUCGCCAAGCACUCUGUCGAUCAGAGUGGAUUUGAGCUGUCUCUGAAGAAGAGAUGGUUGGGCUCGGGCUGUGGCCUUUCCGGUGUAGCGGGCAAUAAUGUGGCAAAGAGCAAUGUGCCCGACAUUCGAGAGGCCUUCCGGCAUGAGACUCUGCUGGCAGAACUCUCCCUGAUCGAGCGCUAUUCCCAGGGUUCGGGCACGGAGGAGCGAAAUGCUCUGGCUCCCGGUUUACUCCAUACUGCCAAUCAGGCAUCUAUGAAGCCGACAUACUCUCCUUCAUCCAAAAUUAGCGUCUCUUCCGAAACGGCUCCUGGAAAGCAAUCGGUGUUCUUGAGCCAAGGACAGAGCCCGCGUCUACCCGCUGAUUCCAUUGACCAUCCGCGUUCGGAUCCACAAGGUACUGCUCAAGGGAUGCCGGCCCCAUCGGCAACCCAUGCACUCUCAUCCGCCCAUCUUGCGGGAAGUGAAUUAGCAGCAUCUCUGGGCGGCAACACUGCCAGUGGCGCGAGCCCGGAUGGUCUACCUGGUCAGACGAUCUUCCCAGGCAUCGUCCAUGAAACGGUUCGAAGAGGAAGUAUGCUCGCUCAGGCCGCCUGUGACAAGCAGAAGGAUGGACUCAAUGGUACUGAAUAGGACGAUGAACCUACUCGUGUCGCCUUCGUUACACUUUUAUGUCUAUUCGGACAUCCAAGCCAUAUAUAUCCGGUCUUUAGUCUCAUAGCGGAACGACAGCCACCGUGGCCUUAUGAUUAACGUUAUAGUCAUCGAUCUCAUGAUAAAGCAUGUCAUAUUUAAGUAUAGUUUCUUCUUUCUCAUAGUAUGCACAUCGACGCCAGGCCUUGUAGUGUUAUCAUUCGCAUCUCGGAGAUUUACCGAAGUUGUAAAUAUUUCCAGACAAAUUAAAAAGAAAGUCAGGACCUUAAAAAGGUGAGCUUGGUAACGAAAGGGGGGCGACGUACUAGAGUAAUAUACGAAGUUGGCGGGCACCGUGGCACGGGACUUGGCCGGAUAAGCAUAUGUUUCUCUUCGGAGAUGUAAAAAAUACUAGCCAUAAUUACACCAAGAAAAAAAGAAAAGGAGAAGGAGAAGAAAAAAGACAGAAACAGGAAUGUAAGUCCAUUCUCCAAUAACGACAGACCGACCCACACUCGAAGACGCUUUUAAAUCGCCCAGCUCCCUCUCCGCUCCGGGUGCCCCCAUUCAAGGGCUGGUUCAUCUUCAACCAUGUUCGGCUGCUGCCGGGCCCAUUCGUGAAUAUAGAGACGUAAGGCCUUCCAUCGAACACACCCCACUGCCAGAUUCUCAAGCGGUGCUACGAUAUAGCCAUGAGCAUCAGUACGAAGAUCAUCUCGCCGUAGAUCUUCAAGGGGGAUUCCCGAGAUCUUGCUGAGCUCAUAGUCAUAAUACCGGGCAACGCUUGGAUACCCUAGCGACAAAUAAUUGAAAAUUUGCGUCACAAAGCCAUCAUGGAAUUCAUCAUCAAUUUUUUUUCCUGGACCACAAGGACUCGUGCCUUGGAGCAGUUUGCCUCUUGGAUCUGUCGAGUCCGUAUGAGACUCCAACGAGGAAUCGGAUGAAGAGAUGAAUUCUUCACACUCAAUCAUAGGGGUCAUGAUCCCUGUCAUUAAUUGCGAUCCCCGCUCAAACCCCUCAGCUUUGCGGCAUGUGCCCAUCCAAAGACCUGCUCCGCGCCCCUCGUCAGGCUGGUCCCCUACACACCAGAGACCACCGCAAUCAUUACAGAGGCUCUGUUGCCCCUUGGCGUUGGUCUCGGACGGGGAAUCCUCGCAAAGAGUUCCAUCCGGGGACAAGCUUUGUGGUAAAACCAGGUCAGCACCUAGCAUUGGGGGACUUGGCCCCCGACUUUUGGAGGCGGCUUUAUGGAUCGGAGACGAAAAGUCCAGGUGUUUGGAGGCAACCAUGACCCGAAGUCGUUGUUCCGCCUCUUCCUUGUGCUGACGCAUAUACUCAAGCUCCCAGGAAAGGUCUGCCGAGGAUUGCCGGCGAGACUUAAUAUGGUGUGGCUGAGGGUAAAUCAGAUACUCAUCAUCUUCCGAAUCAGCCCCAUCCUCAUCGAUAGCAAAAUGGUCCACUGGCUGGUAAACUUGCUCGUUUGGAAAGGCGGCAAGUGCCUGCUCUCUCAGCUCUUUCUGUGCCGAUCGAGCCGCCAGAGACAACAGAUACCCAGAAAAUUCGCUGGGGCGACUGUCCCGGCUCCAGUGACCCUCUUGCCGGGACUGUACUGGCUUCACCGAUGGCUGCCGAGGAGAUAAAGAUGGUGUUUCGCAAGAUGUAUCGGAACUGUCGCUGCUAUUUGAUGGGAUUGAGGGAAGAUCAGGGACUCGAAAGGAAUGUCUCCGGGUUUCAUGGCGACGAAGCAGGUUUGCAUACGAGAAUCUAGACUCUGGGACGUCGAAUGAGGCGCUGCGAGGGGGAGUCAGACGAGCCGUAGGACCUGUCCGAUUUCCCGGUAGUUCCAAGCCAGCCUUUGCUGAACCAAGAUUGACAUAUUGUCGAUGAGAAGGGCUGUCCGUUAGCCCCUUGACUGAGCGAUGGUCGGUUUCAAGGAGCUCGGGCUUGAAUCGUCUGGGUUUGGAACCAGCGACGCCUUGACUACUAGCCUUGCUAGUCUCAAUGGGUUGUGGUAAAAAUCGCCGGGGAGGAUUGAAGGGUCGGUGGAGUUGUUGCUCCGAGGGGUUGUCCACCUCCUUUCGGAGUCUUCCCAGUCGAUAGGAUUGACGGUCGUCUGACAAGCCACUCUGUGUUUCGACGCUCCGAGAGGAUGUCUCUAUUGGCUGUGCCAGGAAUCUUCGCGGCCGCUGGUGGGGGGUGUCUCCCUGCUGGGUUGUCGUUUCGACACUUCGCUUUGGAGCUACCUCCUGUGAAAGAGGGGUUUCUUUGUGAUCAUGAUCGAGGCUUUUGGUAGAAGAUGAUGGGGACGGGGCCCGGGCUGAUUGAGACUGGGCCGCGGAAGACUGAGGGCCCAUUUUCGACGACCACUGCGCAACCCUGUACCACUAACACCAUGCUCUUAGUAUUGGUGUCGAUUGGUAGAUGAUGGCAUGAUUUGGAAGGCGUUCUGCCCGGUCAUCGGUGAGAGGCGCUGAUAGUGUUGGCGUGGUCCGAUAACAGGAAGGGGAAGCGGGCGCAGCUUGGGGUAAUAACGGGGGCUGGACCGAUAUGCUAGCAACAAGGGAAACCUUCCAAGAAACGGGGCCAGGGCAGGAAUUUUGGUAGGAAGAACAAUUCAAACUAAAGCCAAAACUCAGCUAUCCCUCGCUGCCUCGUAGAUGUCAAGACACAGAGAUGUAAUGGUUAGAACAAAGGCUCUGGAGAAGGCUGUUGGUAGGGGGCUGUUUGGACAACCUUGGGAAGCUUGGGU